AAAAAAACAUCAUUUCGCGACUCGCAAGCUCUUUGGAAUUCCUCUACACGAGCGAAAUCAGUUUUGGUGGCAAAGCUCAAAAGGCGCGUGAACAACAUGGCAAAGCUAUUGAUUCUUCUUCUCUUCGUCCUUGCCACGACUUUGCAACUUAAUGCUGCAACAAAAGAUAAAAGCGACAUGACGAACGUCGAUGAUUUUUCUCGCUGCACAAAGAUCAAGAUUAAAAAACUUCAUGUCGAUGAUGAAGUUUGCGUGAAAAUUGCUUUCUUCGCGUCAAAGAUAGGUAUAGAGAUCAGCAUCACGUGGGAUGGUAAAACCAUCUUCAAGACCGAGGUAUCAGUCCAAAAUCCUCCUCCAAUCUGUUUCAAAAUCCCCCUGGUUAAAGAAUUCAAGGCCUGUCUCAAACUCACCGAUGUAUCGUUCAAACCCCACCAUCAUGGAGCCUGUCUCUCGAUAGAAAUCAAGGCCCUGGUGAUUCACAAGACCUUCAAGCUGGGCUGUAUCUAUAAGGAAAUUGAAGAAGCCAAUAGUAAGAGUCCUCUUGAAAUCCUCCAGGCUGUUAGAGCCCUAGUCAACGAAAACGCAGAGAAGACUGGGCUCGAGAAAGCUGAUUGGUUUAGAGAUUCUGACGAAUCAGGAAACGAGGAAAAAACGAAAAACUUUCUUGGUUUCUUUGCACCACGUGACGUGGAGAAACAAGCCGACGCGGAUGGGAAGACUUCAAACACCUGUACCUGCCCUCAGCCCAGACAGUGUAUCUGCUGUAGAAAGGUCGUGCUAUCUCCUCGCUACCAAACAAAAGUAUGUGGUAAAGUCGAUGCCAGCCAGAAAGGAAAGGGACUAUGGGUUUCUCUCGCGGUGGAUGAGGUCAAACAUUUCAGAGUAUACACUCCAGUUUCUCGUCGUUUUAAAUCCGCUUGUAGUAAAGUAGAGCUCCACAACACCGAAGCUGCCAUCUGUCUUCAACUCAAGAAAGUAGUACAAACCGUGAAUGGCAUCGAUCUUUGCUUGUCAGCGGCCAUCCACGAUAUGUCAUCCAAGGACCUUGUUUCUCUGGGGUGCAUGACGAUCAAGAUCGAAGAAGAUGAAGAGAAACAAAGUGAAGACUUAGUGAAGUUUAAGCCUCAUUUUAGGCUUUUCUUGUAAACGCCUUGAUGAUACUUUAAAAUUCAAUAGCAUUUCGCACAAACGCUUAAAAUAGUUUGGGAAGGUAGAUCGCAAAAAGCUUGAUUGAAAU